CCUCCGAUUUCAACAUUUCAAAAUGCCAAAGGCAUCGAAACCCUUAACGAAAUUAAAUUAACCCAAGAGACUUAUGGUCACAAUAGGUUUGACAUUCCUGUACCAACCUUUCGUGAAUUAUUUAAAGAACACGCUGUUGCACCAUUCUUCGUAUUUCAACUUUUUUGUGUUGGUCUAUGGGUUAUGGACGAAUACUGGUACUACUCGGUGUUUACAUUAUUCAUGCUCGUAGUGUUUGAAUCUACUGUCGUAUUUCAGAGAUUAAGAACCUUGGCAGAGUUUCGAACAAUGUCAAUCAAACCAUACUCAGUCAAUGUUCGGAGAAAUAAUCGAUGGGUUAGUAUCUAUUCCGACGAACUUUUACCUGGAGAUUUGGUAUCUAUAGUUCGCACCAAGGAGGAUAGUGGUGUCCCCUGCGACAUGAUACUUGUACAUGGCAGUUGUAUAGUGAACGAGGCCAUGUUAUCCGGCGAAUCGACACCAUUACUAAAGGAAUCGAUUGCUCUCCGCGAUAGUAAUGAUAUACUUGAUAUGAAUGACAUCGAUAAAAACAGCAUCUUAUUUGGUGGUACUAAAGUUUUACAAGUAACCCCGCCUUCUGAUGAAGACGCGCUUGCUG